UUCUGCUCUUCAACACCCACAGCCAGCCAGGAGAGGUGACAGCGCUGCUCUCCAACCACCCAAGUCUGACAGCCAUGAUUCGGGGAGGCCCUCUGCCACGGCUCAGAUCAGGGAUCAACUCACUGCUCGAUGGCUAGAUCUCACCGUACAAAGAGCUGGGGGCCUUUCUACUGAGUAUCCCUCACUGCGUAGUAGCACAUGGAUUUCAAGACUUCAAAUGAAGAGACAAAGACUGGGAUUUAUUUGAUGCAAGAAGGUAAUGAGGAGCCAUUUAAUAUUCGACUACACUUGGCCAAAGAUAUUCUGACCAUUCAAGAACAAGAUGUCAUCUGUGUGUCAGGAGAGCCUUUUUAUUCAAGUGAGAGGACUGUAACGAUCAGGAGGCAGACAAUUGGAGGGUUUGGCCUGAGCAUCAAGGGUGGAGCAGAGCAUAAAAUCCCCGUCGUGAUAUCAAAAAUAUCAAAAGAACAAAAAGCUGAACUCUCUGGGCUACUUUUCAUCGGCGACGGCAUCCUUCAGAUAAAUGGAAUAAACGUUAGAAGUUAUCGCCACGAGGAAGUGGUCCAGGUUUUGAGAAAUGCUGGUGAAGAAGUGACUCUUACUGUCUCUUUCUUGAAGAAGACUCCAGCCUUUCUGAAACUGCCCCUGUGUGAGGACUGCACAUGCAUCCCCAGCGACCAGAGUAGCGGGACCUCCUCUCCUCUGUGUGAUAGCGGCCUGCACUUGAACUACCAUCCCAACAACACGGACACGCUGUCCUGCUCGUCCUGGCCCACGUCCCCGGGGCUUCGCUGGGAGAAGAGAUGGGUGGACCUGCGCCUUAUUCCACUGCUUCACUCACGCCUGUCGCAGUACAACCCGGGCUCUGACGUCUGCAGGAAAAAUGCUUUCCAGGUCAUAGCUGUAGACGGAGUUUGCAGCGGGGUUAUACAGUUCCCCACAGCUGAAGACUGCUUGGACUGGCUUCAGGCAAUAGCGAGCAACAUUUCCAGUCUCACCAAGCACAAUGUGAAGAAGAUUAACCGAAAUUUUCCAGUUAACCAGCAGAUUAUCUACAUGGGCUGGGUCGAUGAGAAGGAGCAGGACUCCGUUCAGGACCGAAUGUAUUCACCAAAGUUCCUCGCUUUGAGAGGUUCCUCCCUCUUCAAGUUUUCAGCACCUCCUGUGACGACCUGGGACUGGACCAGAGCGGAGAAAAGCUUUACUGUGUACGAGAUAAUGUGCAAGAUUCUGAAGGACAAUGACCUUCUGGACAAGAGGAAGCACUGCUUCAGUGUCCAGACGGAGAGCGGAGAGGACAUGUUCUUCAGCGUGGAACUGGAGUGCGAGCUGCUGAUCUGGGAAAAGGCUUUUCAGAUGGCCACUUUCCUGGAGGUGGAGAGGAUACAGUGUAAAACAUAUGCCUGUAUCAUGGAGAGCCACCUUAUGGGACUCACAGUUGACUUCAGCAUGGGCUUUGUGUGCUUUGAUGCAGCUUCAAAGGCAGUGCUGUGGAGAUACAAGUUCUCCCAACUAAAAGGGUCAUCUGAUGAUGGAAAGAGCAAGAUCAAGUUUUUAUUCCAAAAUCAAGACUCCAAAUCUAUUGAAGCAAAGGAGCUGGAGUUCUCAAACCUCUUCGCCGUGCUUCAUUGUAUUCACGCUUUUUUUGCUGCCAAAGUCGCCUGCCUGGACCCGAUGUUUGUGGAGAGCCAAGGCACCGCGACCACCACUGGGUUUCCUUCUCUUUCCAGUAUCUCAUGUAAUUCACAGACACCUAAACUGAAAUAUGCCACCUGACAGGCACUGCUCUCUCCAGACCCUGCUCUCUUCAGGAUGCUGAAGUCGUGACUGUGGCCUGAAAUGGAGGACAGGAGAACUAAAAAACGCUCAAAUCAUGACAUUAUUGAGGACAGCUGGGGAAUAAAAGACCUCUUUGAGAGUUAUAUACUUGAUAUCUAUGAAGAAGUUUCAGAUUUCUGGGAUUUCUGAAAUACUUGUGGACCUAAACACGAACCUCUGCUUUGAGAAACUUCACAAAAAGACUCUGUGGACACAAAAUGUGUGAUUUAAAAAAUGUUUUUAAGUGAAUUUGUCCUCCUGAUCCUCAGACAUCCUUAUGAUCACAUCACAAAGAAAAAUGCAGUUCUUUUCCCAAGGUAGUCUGCUUUUCUAUGUAAUUUUAUUCAAGGUUUGGAGAGUUAAAAUAAAUCAGAUUUUAGUCUUUUUGUUCCACAUCACUUGAAAUUCUGCAAGGAUUUGUCUGGACACUGGAUACGAUGACGUAGUAUGGUAACACUUUCUCUAUUUCAAUUUCUUUGUGUGAUUUUGAGGUGAAAACUUUAACCAACAUUUAUACUUGAAUUAGCAGUAAAAUAUAAUUUCCACUGGAGUGUAAUCAGAUCAACUAAAAGGUAAACGGUGACACAAAGCUGAAUCUGAAUUUUGACUAAAACAGAAAAAAUACUUCACCUGUAAAAUGACUAUUUGUAUAUCAGUUACUCACUGUGUGGUCACUGAAUUAAUGAACAACACUGUUUUUGUCUCAUGCCUCCAUUGUGAAUGAAGAAUCCAAAAAGGUGAACACUCUUCAUGAACUGAAGUCACUGAGGACUGCGUUUAACCACAGCAAAACUAUAUCAAAACAUCCGUUCACAAACUCUCACACAACUCGUGCAGCAUAAUUCAAGUCUCAUUUAUCCACACAUGCUCAGUAUGUCACAAACCAACCAGCCUCAAUCCCAACUUGUCAAAUACAGAUGUUUGGUGAAUGGCCCACGGCAUCAGACACCAACACACCGAGGCACCCUUUAGUGGUGGAAUGAAACGCACCUGGCAGUGUCAUUAUUUGAUGCUAUGGGAAAUGACUGUGAUACAAGUGAGAAAGCACAGGGCAGGCAGGAGGGGAGGUUGAUGGAUCAAACAAACUGCGGACUGUCAUCUGUGACACUGCUGUUCUUGUCCAGUGGGAAACCUACACUGUCUCAAAUCACAUACUUCCGUUAGUACACUUCCAUGUAGUAUACUAUGUGCACUAUGUACUCAUUGGCGUAGUGCGCGAAUUUCGACAGGGUAGUGUUGUCUCAAACCAAACACGGCCGUUGUGCACUUACCAGAAAGGACGACCACAAAUUAGCUAGUUAGCAAACUAGCAUUAGCAUUUACGUUAUUGUUCGUGGAACCAAAUCAUUACAGACUGCUAAAUUAAGCCAAUAAACAUACUGCUGGCUUAUACCCGACAACAGUAUACGUGUAUUUGUAUGAUGCAGGGAUGUUCAUGGUCGCACAGUCCUCGGCCGCCAUUUCCAGUUUGAAAAGUGGUCCCUUCCCUUCCGCUACAUAACCAAGAUGGCGACCAUUGAGGGCAAGAAGUGUCCAUAGUUCCACACUCAACUUCUUGACCAUUUUGAGUGCACCAUCCGGGUACUCAUAGUGCACUGCAUUUUCCAUACUUCUCAGUGUGAACCCACUUAUGCACUCAAAAUAUUAAGUGUACGUACAGAAGUAUGUGAUUUGAGACACAGCACUAAAGUCAAUCAAAUCAUUUAAUAACAACAACAACAAUUCAGUUCAAUAUAGCAGAACUUUAUUUAUCCUGAAGGAAAUUGUUCUGCCAGAGAAUGCUUCAAAUUACAUUAACAAAAUGUACAGUGACCGCAAUUUAACGUUCAUGAAGUAACAACCAAAGCCAGUGGGUUCCCCGGGUCACGAUCACUCACUGGGCCUAGCUUUAGAAACGAUAUUAAAUAUCUGGAGAAUUAUACAAAUACACAAGAUAGGAAGUGUUUUCAAGGAGCAAAAAGUGAAACCAGUGCCUAACAGAGUAACAAUACGAGUAAGAUAAGUACACAAGUUACUCAAAGGCACAGGUAAUAUGUGUAGCCUUCUAUGCUGAUGAUGUAUGUCUUGUGACGUCAGUAAGGAAAGGACCUAUUUUGAGGCAAACCAUGAUGGUUUUUUUUCUGAACCCAACCAUGUGGUUUUGUUGCCUAAA